UGCAAAUCUACAUCUGGAAGUUGAUUUCUCGACUUCUGCGUAUCAUGCAGCACGAUGAGGUGAUAUGGCAGACAAUCAAAUAUGGAUUCUGUUCGUUCAAAGCAAAGACAAAAACGAACACGUUCUGUAGGAACGAAUACAACGUCACAGGUCUGUGUUCACGGCAGGCUUGUCCACUGGCAAACAGCAGAUAUGCUACCAUUAGAGAGGAAAACGGAAUUUGUUUCUUGUACAUGAAGACGAUCGAGCGAGCUCACAGUCCUGUGAACAUGUGGGAAAAAGUCAAAUUGUCGAAGAACUAUCCGACGGCUCUAAAACAGAUUAAUCGUCACUUGAUUUAUUGGCCCAAAUUUCUCAUCCACAAAUGCAAACAACGAUUCACAAAGAUCACACAGUAUUUGAUUCGCAUUCGGAGAUUGACGUUGAGAAGCCACAAGAAGUUGGUGCCACUUAAUAGAAAAGUUGAGAAGAGGGACCUAAGACGAGAGAGAAAGGCACUCAUUGCCGCUCGUUUGGACACUGCCAUCGAACGGGAACUACUAGAGAGGCUACAGAAGGGCACAUACGGAGACAUUUAUAACUUUCCUUCUACUGCAUUCGAGAAGGCGGUAGACGAGGAAGAGAUGAAUUCGGAUGAAGAAGUUGGUGAAGAGGUCGAAGAGGGGGAGAAGACCGACGAUGAGGUGGAGGUGGAGUUUGUGGCCGAUGAGGAUUUUGAAGAGAGUGAUGUCAGUGAUUUAGAGGACUACAACUCAUCAGACGAGGAACAAGAAGGCGAAUCAGAAGACCAAGAAACCGAGACAGAACCCGAAACCACAGCAGCAGCAGCAUCAUCAUCAAAAACGCGAAGCAAACUACCAAAGCGUCACAAUCGCAUUGAAAUCGAAUACGAACACGAAGACAACAAGCAAGAGCAACAAUCCAAGAAAGCAAGAACGACUAACUCCACCUGGUAGUAAGAAAUAUACACAUUCUAUUAUACAGUAUAAUCCAUUGACUUAACCAAUCGACAUCACACAUUGUGAUCAAUCCAUCCAUCUACACACCAGCAUACACGCCAUCAGCGUGCGACUCUAAUCAAGACCA